AGAGAGAGCUUCUCCAAAUCAGAGCGACAAAAAAAAAACACUCUUUCGAUUCCAAAAUUUGUUACUCGACGAUUUUUUUUGGUCGUUAGCUUUCUUUCUCUAUCGUGAAUAAACGGUUUUCAAUUUCGACCGUUAAGUACCGUUUUAUAUAUAUCUCCGGUGAAGAAAGAUGUCUGCUUCGUCACCGUCUCUUAGUAACAAUGGCCUCUCCGCCGCCGUCACGCCUCCCAAAACUCUCCGUGGCCUCAACAAACCCAAGUGUAUCCAAUGCGGCAACGUCGCUCGCUCCAGGUGCCCAUUUCAAUCUUGUAAAGGUUGCUGUUCAAGAGCAGAAAACCCCUGCCCGAUUCACGUUCUUAAAGCAGCUGCAACGUCUGCUGAGAAGACGCAGGCGCCAAGUACUCCAUCAUCAGAUCAGAAAGCAUCAGAGGGCACUCCCGGGAGUACAACUAGAGUUUCAUCAAUCCGCCAACUUUCUAGCAACUUUGCUCAGUUUAAUAACCUGAAUGCUGCUUCUCGCCAGAGAAAACCUUUGACGAUAAAGGAUGCUCAAGCGUUAAACGAGUGGCGGUUUACAAAGCUAAAAGAGUACAGAGACAGAAACAUUGAAGUGGAAAAUGAAGCUUUUGAUCGGUACAUGAGUAAUGUGAAUUUACUCGAAGAAGCCUUUUCAUUGACAUCUGUUCCUGAAGAGAGUCCCGGAGCAGCAGCUUCUGAGCGAAGCAACGAGGAAAGAACUGUUUCGGAGCUUAAACUGAGGCUGAGAUCAAACUCCGCACGAACAGAGAGCAUCAAGAAGCGGAUAGCAGAGACUGUCAAAGCCGGUUUGGUGAAGGUUCAGAAACCGGUUUUAAGUGGUAAAUCAGAUGAUCAAGAUGAAAUUGAAAGACGGAUCAAAAGAAGCAAAUGGGAAGAGAAAACAUCAGCUUUGAAUGAAGUAAUCGACAAAGUGAACAAAGCAAGAACCGAAGAGGAUCUCAAAUUUUGCUUUGAAAUGAAAUCAAAGCUCUGUGGUCAAGUUUCUUCCAAUGCAGCAUCCGGGAAGAACAUGGUUUCGGGUCUUGUUCGAAAAGUUGAGAUCAGUGAAGAAGCACUUCAGAAAAUUGGCGAGCAUCUCAAAUCUUUUGACAAAGUUGAAACUUUGUGAAGUCAAGAACAUACCUUAAGCAUAUAUUAGAUAUUGGAACUAAACAAUGGAGGUAGUUGUUGAUUGUAUGUUCGUUGGAUUUUUAUUGAUCUUUUGUAUUUUGUAUUUUAGUUAAAACCCAUAAAUGAAGAUGAUUUUGUAGUGUUUUUUUUUUCCUGUUGAUGUUGGAGAAACUAAUGAUUUAAUUGGACAUUCUAGAAA